AUGUUUCUGUUCCCUUCACAUGUUUUCCAGCUCGUGACGAUCAUAGGUUACCGGAGACACUUAUUAAAUAAUAGAGGAUGGAUUAUUGCUUUGAUCAUGUUCUUGUCUUUGUUUGAAAUUGCAAUCUCCCAAAAUCAAAGUCCUAAUCCGGAACCAACACAAGUCUUGCAGUUACAUUACCAAGAACGACAUGUGGUGAUUGACAAUGGAAUUUUCCAAUUAACGUUGUCCAGUCCUGAGGGAUUUGUCACUGGAAUCCAGUACAAUGGUAUCGAAAAUGUGCUUGCCUACACCGGAGAUGAAUACGAUAGAGGUUACUGGGACGUAGUGUGGAACUUUCCAGGGAAAAAGACUAAGAAGACCAAAGGCACACUAGACCGGAUUGAAGCAACAAAGAUGGAAGUGGUAACGCAGAACGAUGAACAGAUAGAGAUAUCGUUUUCAAGAACAUGGAAUGCUUCUUCAACAAUGGCUGUUCCAGUGAAUAUAGACAAGCGGUUUGUAAUGCUGCGAAACUCGUCUGGCUUCUACACUUACGCCAUCUUCGAGCGGUUAAAAGGAUGGCCUGCUGUUGAACUUGAUAAUAUCCGAUUAGCAUUUAAGCUAAACAAGGACAAGUUUCAUUAUAUGGCGAUUUCAGAUGACAGGCAACGGUACAUGCCUCUGCCAGAUGAUCGGACUCCGCCACGAGGUAAACCUCUUGCGUAUCCCGAGGCCGUUCAACUUCUCGACCCUAUCGAGCCCGAGCUUAAAGGAGAGGUGGAUGACAAGUAUGCGUACUCAAUGGACAGUAAAGACAUAAAAGUUCAUGGAUGGAUAAGCACAAAUGACUCAGUUGGGUUCUGGCAAAUCACUCCAAGCAACGAGUUCCGAUCUGCUGGUCCUCUCAAGCAAUUCCUAGGCUCUCAUGUCGGUCCAACCAACCUCGCGAUAUUUCACAGCACUCACUAUGUAGGAGCAGAACUAAUCAUGAAAUUUGAAGAAGGUGAAGCAUGGAAGAAAGUGUUUGGACCUGUCUUUAUUUAUCUCAACUCUUUUCCUCAAGGAGUUGAUCCUCUCUUGCUCUGGCAUCAAGCCAAGAACCAGACAAAGAUUGAGGAAGAGAAGUGGCCUUAUAACUUCACCACUUCAAGUGAUUUUCCUCCAUCUGAGCAAAGAGGAUUUGUUAGCGGUAGAUUACUCGUUAGAGACCGAUACAUAAGUAGUGAGGAUAUACCUGCAAAUGGUUCCUACGUGGGCUUGGCUGCGCCAGGAGAUGCUGGCUCAUGGCAAACAGAAUACAAAGGUUAUCAGUUCUGGUCAAAAGCAGACGAAAAGGGAUACUUUACCAUUAAUAAUGUGAGAAGUGGUCGUUACAAUCUCUAUGCCUUUGCUCCGGGAUUCAUCGGCGAUUACCACAACGACACCGUUUUCGACAUUUCUCCAGGGACAAAUAUUAGCCUAGGCGAGUUGGUGUAUGAACCUCCAAGAGACGGUGUAACUCUAUGGGAAAUCGGCGUACCAGACCGAACCGCUGCAGAGUUCUACAUUCCUGACCCGAACUCAACGUUUGUGAACAAACUAUACCUAAACCAAUCUGAUUAUAAAUACCGGCAAUAUGGGUUAUGGGAACGGUAUUCCGAAUUGUACCCGGACAAAGAUAUGGUUUACAAUGUCGAUGUUGAUGAUUACUCUAAAAAUUGGUUCUUCAUGCAAGUCACAAGGAAACAAGCCGAUGGAGGAUAUAACGGUACUACAUGGACGAUCAGAUUUCAACUCGACGAUCAGAUGAAAAACUAUACCGGAAGAAAUUUCAAACUGCGAAUCGCUCUAGCCACAUCAAAUGUCGCGGAAUUGCAGGUUCGGGUGAACGAUUUUUCAGUGGAUCCUCCAUUGUUUACGACAGGGCAAAUAGGGAAAGAUAAUACAAUUGCAAGACAUGGUAUACAUGGACUCUAUUGGUUAUACAGUGUGAAUGUGCCUGCUGCUUCUCUUCACCCAGGAUAUAACUCUAUAUAUCUGACCCAACCGCUUGCCACGAGCCCUUUUCAAGGACUCAUGUACGAUUAUAUUCGCCUCGAAUGUGCUGAUACCGUUAGUCAUAUCACUAGAUCAUAG